AUGGCUACCAGCCAAAGGCUGAUGAAGGAGCUGGAAGAAAAUCUACAGGUUGGGAUGAAAAACUUCCAUAACAUCCAGGUUGAUGAAGCUAAUUUAUUGACUAGGCAAGGACUUAUUGUUCCUAACAACCCUCCAUAUGACAAGGGAGCCCUCAGAAUCGAAAACAACUUCCCAGCAGAGUAUCCAUUCAAACCACGUAAGACCACUUUUAAAACAAAGAUUUACCACCCUAACAUUGACGAAAAAGGGCAAGUCUGUCUGCCAGUAAUUAGUGCUAAAAACUGGAAGCCAGCAACCAAAACUGACCAAGUCAUCCAGUCCCUCAUAGCACUGGUGAACGACCCCCAGCCUGAGCACCCACAUUGA